UGUCCCCCACGCUGCGGCCUCCCUCCCCCUCCACUGAGCCUGGUUAAUUAUAACUCUGACCUAAGCACCCUGUGACGCCACGCCCCGGCCAGCGCCUCCCGGGAGACCCAGCAACCAGGUCCAUGCCUCAGCCAUGCCCCCGGUGGAGGCGCCCCCCUCCCGCCGGGGCCCCCCAGCACUGCUGCUGCUCCAGCUGCUGCUGCCUCCCGCGUGUGCCUUCUUCCCCAACAUCUGGAGCCUCCUGGCUGCCCCUGGCUCCCUCACGCACCAGGACCUGACAGAGGAGGCAGCCCUCAACGUCACCCUGCAGCUCUUCCUGGAGCAGCCGCCCCCAGGCCGGCCCCCACUUCGUCUCGAGGACUUCCUGGGCCGCACCCUGCUUGCCGACGACCUCUUCGCCGCCUACUUCGGGCCUGGGGCUCCUUCCCGGAGGUUCCGAGCCGCCUUAGGUGAGGUGUCUCGUGCCAACGCAGCCCAGGACUUCCUGCCCACUUCGAGGAAUGACCCCGACCUGCACUUUGAUGCCGAGCGGCUGCACCAGGGCCGCACACGCCUGGUGGGGGCUCUGCGGGAGACCCUGGCGGCAGCCAGGACGCUUGACCACACCCUGGCCCGCCAGCGCCUCGGGGCCGCCCUGCACGCCUUGCAGGAUUUCUACAGUCACAGCAACUGGGUGGAACUGGGGGAGCAGCAGCCGCACCCUCACCUCCUCUGGCCACGGCAGGAGCUCCGGAGCCUGGCACAAGAGGGCGAUCCGACCUGCUCUGACUGCGAGGCGUCGAGCUGCCCCGAGAACCUGCUGGGCUCUCUCCUCACUUCUGGCUACUUUGGAAGCCAUCCCCCCAAGCCUCCAGGGAAGUGUAGCCACGGGGGCCAUUUUGACCAGAGCAGCUCCCAGCCGCCCCGGGGAGGCAUCAACAAGGACAGCACCUCCCCUGGCUUCUCCCCACACCACAUGCUGCACCCCCAGGCAGCACGGCUGGCCCUGCUAGCCUCCAUCCAGGCCUUCAGCCUCCUGCGAGGUCGCCUGGGAGACAGCGGUUUCUCCAGGCUGCUGGACAUCUCCCCGGCCUCCAGCCUGAGCUUCGUCCUCGACACCACGGGCAGCAUGGGCGAGGAGAUCAACGCGGCCAAGAUCCAGGCGCGCCACAUCGUGGAGCAGCGGCGGCGCGGCCCCAUGGAGCCCGCCCACUACGUCCUGGUGCCUUUCCAUGACCCAGGGUUCGGCCCAGUCUUUACAACCAGUGACCCUGACAGCUUUUGGCAACAGCUCAAUGAGAUCCAUGCCUUGGGCGGUGGAGAUGAGCCUGAGAUGUGCCUCUCCGCCCUGGAGCUGGCCCUGCUGCACACACCUCCACACUCAGACAUCUUUGUCUUCACGGACGCCUCCCCGAAGGAUGCCUUUCUCACCAAUCGGGUGGAGUCCCUGACUCAGGAGCGGCGCUGCAGGGUAACAUUUUUGGUAACUGAAGACCCGUCGAGGAUUCAGGGCCGAGCUCGACGGGAAAUCUUGUCCCCUCUGCGUUUUGAGCCAUACAAAGCAGUGGCCCUGGCCUCAGGAGGAGAGGUGAUCUUCACCAAAGACCAGCACAUCCGGGAUGUGGCAGCCAUUGUUGGGGACAGCAUGGCUGCCCUGGUGACUCUUCCCCUGGACCCUCCUGUUGUGGUGCCUGGGAGGCCGCUUGUGUUCAGCGUGGAUGGGCUACUUCAGAGGCUCACAGUCCGGAUCCACGGGGAGAUCAACAGCUUCUGCAUCAGGAACCCUGCAGGGGUCUCCCAGGGCCAAGAGGAAGGUGUGGGUCCUCUGGGUCACACUCGCCGUUUUGGGCAGUUCUGGAUGGUGACCAUGAAUGACCCCCCCCAGACAGGGACUUGGGAGAUCCAGGUCACAGCUGAGGGCACUGCUGAGGUGAGAGUGCAAGCCCAGACCUCUCUGGACUUCCUCUUCCACUUCGGGAUUCCUGUGGAGGACGGACCCCACCCUGGCCUCUACCCCCUGACUCAGCCAGUCGCAGGUCUCCAGACACAGCUGCUAGUGGAAGUGACAGGGCUGGGCUCCAGAGGCAGCCCUGGGGGUCCUUGGCCGCAUUUCUCCCAUGUUGUCCUUCGAGGGGUCCCGGAGGGCACCGAGCUGGGCCGGGUGCCCUUGGAGCCCGCUGGACCCCCGGAGCGAGGACUCUUCACCGCCUCACUGCCGCCCACGCUACUGUCCACUGGACCCUUCUCCCUGGAGCUGAUUGGCCAGGACGGAGGGGGCCAGGGCCUGCACAGGGCGGCCCCCCAGCCUUGCACGGUGGCCCCUGUCCUUCUGGAGCUCAGUGGCCCCCCAGGUUUCCUGGUCCCGGGCAGCAAGACCCCGCUCAUCUUCCGCAUCUCCAGCUUCUCAGGCCCUCGGGAUCUCGACCUUAGCACAUCCGUCAACCCCGGCUUCACUCUCACCUCCAACCUCUCCAGGGUUCUCCUGGGACUGAAUGAAACCGCCUGGGGGCGCCUGUGGCUGGGGGUCCCAGGCUCAGUAGCCCCAGACUCUGUGGUGAUGGUGACUGUGACUGCGGUGGGUCGAGGAGCCAGCCCAGUACCUCCAACCCAUGCUUUCCUCCGGCUUGUGGUACUCCCCCCGGCCCCACAAGACCAGCUCACGGCUCCUCCCCACUCACCUGCGCCCGCCGCCACCGUCACCACGGCCACUUCUGUCUUCUGUCCCUCCACUUCCGUGACUCUGGGCAGGGCCGGGGGAGGGAUGGUAGGCAACCCGUGGUGGGGCACAGCUGGAGGGCUGCUGUUUCUUCUAGGCCUGGCUUUGUGCUGACACGAGAGCCCCGAGAGACGUGGGUCUCCAGUGCUGUGUUCAGUCUGCCCCAUUUGUGAGAGGGUGGCAUUACUCUGGGACCUUACCUCUCCCAGCCGGAAUGAGCUUUUCCUUCUCAUGCGUUUGUCCCUUGUGUUUCUUAAAAGCUGUGAGACUGCAGUCCAGCCAGUGGUUUAGUGGUUAAGGUAGCUGGAUCCCAUAUGGCUGCUGCCCUGUUUCAGUCCUGGACCCCAUGACUUGAAAAACACGCCGGGUGUGUGUGCACGCAUGCCCAAAAUCUCCAGAGGAAAGU